AUGGCUCUAUGGGGCGGAGGCGGAGCCGACUUCUGGUCGUCGGAACAAGCGGGGCUGUCCAACCCGGGGCAGCAGGACCUGGAUAGCUUCUUGCAGGGGCUCCUCAGCGAGACCGUCGAUCUCAACGCGCCCCUUGUGCCUGGCCCCCUGGCCGUCAGCUUCGGCCUUAGCACGGACUCCUCCGUGAGCUGCCUGCCGCCCCGCGCCGCGGUCGCCCUGGGGGGGCGGGGCGCCCAGGGCGUUGGCGUCGCGGCGCCGUCGCACGCUCGUCGCCGCUCGGGCCAGCAGCAGGCAGCAGCGGGAGGCAGCGGAGCAGCCACGGCGUCCAAGGAUCAGCUGGUGCCGGCCUUGCCGGGAGGCCCCAUGGCGUCGGCCGGCAAUGGGCAGCAGGCGAGGCAGCCGCUGGCGUCGCCCGCGGCGCAGCAGCAGCAGCGCGCGGCGGCCGCAGCGCGUGCAGCGCACAGCCUCCGCCUCGACGCGUCCGGGCAGCAGGAGCAGUCUGGCCAGCCGCCGGCCAGCUUCUCGGGGCUGCUGACGGAGCAGGCCGCCGCCGCGGCCGCCGCGCUGGCAGAGGCGCCGCAGGCGGCGGCGGGCGCGGCGGCCACCGAGGGCGGCACCGCCGACGGCGGCGACGGCCCCUCCCAGCCCUUUGGCUCCGCAGACCGCGAGCAGCAGGCCGCGGCGCCGCCGCACCUGCGCUACGACUUUGCCCAGGCCCAGCAGGACCAGGCGGCGGUGGUGGCGCAGUUCCAGCAGGCGCAGCAGGCGCAGCAGGCGCAGCAGGCCGCCGCCGCCGCGCUCUUCGCGCAGCAGCAGGCCGCCUACCAGCAGGCCUCCUACCAGCAGCAGCAGCAGGCGGCGUACCAGCAGCAGCAGGCGGCGCAGGCGGCGCAGGCGGCCGCGGGGCAGGGCCAGGGCGGCGGCGACCCCAACUCAGCCGCCGCUUUCUUCCAGCGCCAGCAGCAGCAGGCAGCAGCCGCAGCGGCCGCGGCCUUCCAGUUCCAAAACCCGUACGGGGCGUGGGGCAUGUAUGGGCCGCAGUACGGCCAACAGUACGGCCAGCAGUACCCCAAUUACUACCCGCCCUACGGAACCAACAUGCAGUUUCAGGGCAUGCAGUUCCCCGGCAUGCAGCAGCAGGGCGGCGGCCAGAUGGGCGGCGGCCAGAUGGGCGGCACCAGCGGCAUGGGCUUCCCGCCCAUGACUGGCGCCAGCGGGGCGGGCGCCGGCAACCCGGCCGCGCCGCCGGGCGUGCUGCCCCCCGCGGGCCCGCAGCUGCAGCAGCAGCUGCCGGGGAUGACGGAGGUUGUCCAGCAGUCGGAGGGCGCGGCGCACGGCGGCGCCGCCGCCGCCACCGUCGGCCUGGGCGGCUUUGACGACGACCCCUGCGCGCUGAAGAAGGCCAGGCUGAUCUGGACGCCCGCCCUGCACCGCCGCUUCCUGGAGGCAGUGAACCGCGUGGGCGGGGUGGACAAGGCGCUGCCCAAGGCGGUGAUGAAGGAGAUGGGAGUGAGCGGUCUGACGCGUGAGAAUGUGGCCAGCCAUCUUCAGAAGCACCGCAUGCGGCUGAAGAAGGAGGAGGAGGAGGGCGGCGGCGGCGUGCACACCGGGCACCACACGCCCGCGGGCAGCGGUCGCGGCGUGGCGAGGGUGAAGCAUGUCGACGAAGAUGACAUCGCCUCCAUGCGCCAGCCGGGCGGCCGCCUGCCGAGGGCGGCCUGCCGCUAG